CUCACACAAUUAGCACUCACAAUAUGGAUACAUUUUCCACCCUUCUUUUGCUUCUCAUAUUGUUUUCUUGUGUUAGCCUUUCUGCUGCACACAACAUAACUCAAAUCAAAAGUGAUGAAUAUAUACUUCUUGCCUUAAAAUCCCACAUCACUUCAGAUCCUGGCAAUAUUUUGAAAAAUAAUUGGACCAGUGGAACCUCGUUUUGCACGUGGAGAGGAGUUACUUGUGAUUCACGUGGUAGCAAGGUGACUAAAUUAGAUAUCUUUGGUAUGGGACUCGAAGGAAGCAUUCCACAGGAAAUUGGAAAUCUUUCUUCACUCGUUUAUCUAGAUUUGAGUUAUAACUCUUUUCAUGGAAAUGUGCCUACACAAAUUUGGAAUAUCACACUGCUUAAGGUAUUAGACCUUAGUUCCAACAAUUUGAGAGGUGGUAUACCGAAAGAGAUUGGUAAUCUCAAUAAUCUAGAGAUAUUAGCCAUGAGUGGCAACAAUCUUAGUGGACCAUUUCCAAGACAAGUUUUGAACAUCACAAGUCUCCGUGAACUAGACCUCAACAACGCCUCUUUACAUGGCCGCCUACCAAAAGACAUUUGCUCGCAUAACAACCUUCAAAGACUCAAACUACUUGAGCUAUCGGAGAACAAAUUGGAGGGAGAUAUACCAUUGAGUUUAGGUCAAUGUACACAACUUGAGAGUAUUUACUUGUCAUACAACAACUUUGGUGGAUAUGUCCCUCGAGAAAUUGGGAACAUCACACAGCUUAAGGAAUUAUACCUUCGCUAUAACAAUUUGAAAGGUGGUAUACCGAAAGAGAUUGGUAAUCUUAAUAAUCUAGAGAUAUUAGCCAUGAGUGGCAACAAUCUUAGUGGACCAUUUCCAAGACAAGUUUUGAACAUCACAAGUCUCCGUGAACUAGACCUCAACAACGCCUCUUUACAUGGCCGCCUACCAAAAGACAUUUGCUCGCAUAACAACCUUCAAAGACUCAAACUACUUAGCCUGUCGAGGAACAAAUUGGAGGGAGAUAUACUAUUGAGUUUGGGUCAAUGUACACAACUUGAGAGUAUUGACUUGUCAUCCAACAACUUUGGUGGAAAUGUCCCUCGAGAAAUUGGGAACAUCACACAGCUUAAGGAUUUAGACCUUCGCUAUAACAAUUUGAAAGGUCCAAUACCAUCCACCAUUGGGAAUCUAUCCAAUUUGUCGUAUCUAUGGCUCUCUUCCAACAAAUUAAAUGGUCCAAUACCAUCCACCAUUGGAAAUCUAUCAAAUUUGUGGGAUCUAGACCUCUCUUCCAACAAAUUAAAUGGUGAGCUUCCAUUCUCCAUGUGCAACAUGACAUCCCUUCAAAUUCUUAUUUUCUCAAAUCUUUGGACAUAUUUCAUCUAAAUGCAAAUCACUUUAGUGGCCCCAUUCCAUCAAUAUUUAUGAGAGGGUGUAUUUUUGAGUCUAACAAUUUGAGUGUUCAUAAAUCGCAAGGAAAUUUGUCUAUACGUGUGUUCAUAUAAGAUAUGCGAUUUGUCUAAUUCCUUUGUCACUCCAUGUGCAAUAUGAAAUAGAUUUAUAUAUAAAAAAAAGUUGAGUAAUAUAUUUUCUCGAUAAAAGAAAAAGGAAAACAUAGUCUAAUACUUUGAAAAAUAAUUGGAGCAAUGUAAUCUCUUUUUCACAUGGAUAAUAGAGUGACUUAUUUAGAACUCUAGCUGGGGUAUGACUUGUGGGACUCGAAGG